UAGUAUAAAAAUCUAAGAAAAGCAAGGGUGUGGUUAUUGGGUGGCAUCUUCGUUGUGUAUACUAAAGGUACAAACCCAAAGUGGCCAAAGGUUGGCAUGACGACUUGUUUUUCUCUUCAACCCCAUUACACAUUACACUCUCCUCAACCAUCAAAAUCCCCCAAUUUGUUCCUCUCCUAAAACUAAAAAUAACCGCCUUGAAUGACAGACCAAUCACGCCCCGCCACCGGGUACCCGGCCCCACCCCAAAACGGUUACCCGCCACCGCCACAAUCCAACUAUUAUUAUCCUAACUACAACGCGCCACAACCAUAUUACCCUCCCCAACCACGCGCUACCUUCUUCCGCCGCUUCUUCGCGGCACUCAUCGCUGUUUUCAUCAUUUUUGGUGUCAUCCUCCUCAUCGUUUGGCUCGUACUCCGCCCUCGUAUCCCAGCUUUCACCGUUGAUUCUGCCACGCUUUCUUCCCUCAACACCUCCACCUCUCCCUCCCAGAUCUCCGGCACUUGGUCCCUCCACUUCUCCGUUGCUAACCCUAACCACAAGCUCCACGUCUACUACGACGAGAUCGAGGCCCGCUUGUUCUACAAGAACUCGCUUGUUUCCCAGAAUCAACUUCCGCCAUUUGAGCAGGGGACUAAGAAUGUCACCACCAUGGAUGCCCAGCUUGUGGCAUCCUCGGCGUACCUUGAGUUGGAUUUGGUGAAUAAAUUGAGGGAUGAUCGUUCUAGAGGUAGCGUCAAAUUCGAUGUUCAAGUGUUGGCGUUGGUCAGGUUUAAGGCUGGAGGUUGGAGAGCUCGAAGACGGUUUCUUAGGGUUUUCUGUGACGAUUUAGCGGUUGCAUUUUCAUCUAAUUCUACCAAGGGGAAUUUAUCCGGUGGGCCCCGACGGUGUUCUGUUGGUAUCUGAUUCCUGUUCUUCAUCUUCUUUUUCCACUUUUCCAGUUUGUAUCCCCUGGAGGAUUAAACCAGAAGCUCGGGCUCUUCAGCUCAGUAGCCAGCCUUUCUUAGCUACUCAGAUGGAUAUCCCGGUUGUUUGGUGCAGAAUAUGCCUCUAAAAUUGGAUAAAGGAGGUCCAACUCUUCUCCUCUCUAGUGUUGGCUUUGGUAUUAGAAAUUUAGAACUAAGCAGCAAUAGUGGCACCAAUGGGUUAGUAUUCUGAGGAUGAUUAUAUUCAAAUUUCUUUCGUAUUUGGUGGCAAUUGAAUCAAAGCUCAUCAGUGGCUGCUAUGCUGUUUGUUCAGUCAAGUUAGAUGGAUAAGGUGUCCAUCUCACAAAGUUAGGGUUGAUGUAUGAACUUAGGCCUAAAAGAUGUUUGUAUCAAGUGGCAAAAGGAAACAAGUGUGUAUCAAUUGGUAUAUGUUGAGUAGAAGUGUGUAGCUCUACUGCAGUAUGUUAUGGAGCAGAGAUAGCUCUUCUCUCAUCCAUCUGCCCCCUCCCAAUUCUAUUUUCCUUAUCAGUAUCGAACUUUUCGUUAAAACAUUUUUAUCUCCAUUUUCAUCUGCCCCCUCCCAAUUCUAUUGUUUAGUUUAAUUAGUUGUUUAGUGGGUUAAUUUUGUUAAGCAUGUAAGUGGCGUAUUAAUAUAUUAUACGCCACUUACAUUUUGUUAAGCAUGUAAGUGGCGCAUGUAAGGAAACUUCUCUUUUGUUCCACAAUUUGCACCUUUUCAUUCAACUCCAAAUGAGUUUGGAAAAAUUGCUGGAAAUAAUUCGACGUUUAGCUCAUCCACUCAAAAUAAUUCCACUUUUUGAUUACUUUUUAAUAAUCUCACCUUUAAUGUCAAUUUGCUUAAAAUGGUCCUAACUGGUAAUUUAACUUGUUAUAACAAGUUACAUGACACGUGUUGACAUCUGAUUGGUCAAAAAAAUUAAAUUUAAAUUUAAAAAAAAUAAAUUUUUUGUAAUAAUUUUUUUUAAAAAAUAAUAAUUAACUAAUCAAUAAACCACUACUAGCAACCCAACCACCCUCCACAGCUGCCCCACACCUACCAGCUCGACCCCCUGCCUGCCACCCAACACCUGGGCAGCCCGCCGAACACCUACCCUCCUCCCCUCCCCCUGAACCAUGAAACUACCCUCGAAAAUUCCCUUUCCCCUUUCUCGGCUAAACUGAAAAUAAGCUGAAGAUAACAUACCCUAAAUCAUAUACAUAAAAAGUAUUUGUAGAAUAUGACAUUUCUAUCUCGCGUUGAUUUAGUACUCAAAUUAAUGGGUGGUUAUCUCGGUUUAUGUCCAUUUUUGAUGUGAAUGUCGCAAUGGUUAAGGGAUAUAUUAUUUUUUGUCUAGGAGAACUUGAGAACAUAGGACAAAGGUGAUCGAUUGGUUGAUAAUGUGGCCCAUUUGUUUUUUCUAUUGUACGUACAUAAUGUACAAAAAGAUGAGCAAGUUAAGAGAAGAUAAUUAGGUUUUAUUAUAGAUGAGGUUUUUGCAUUCCUUAACUCCAUUCAAAAAUUGAUGUAAAUAAUUUUGUUGAAAUAAGUAUUGGAUAAAUCUACAUUUUUAGAUUUUGAAUGUAAAGGUAAAAAAGUGAUAAAGUUUAUUAAUAUUAAAACUUGGGCCUCACACAGUCACAUGUACACCUCCCUUAAUUAUGUUUAUUAGUUUAAGACAGAUUGCUGGCAUUACUAUUGAUUGAAGCAACCACAAUUAUAAAUAGAUUCAUUUUGCAUGUAUAUUAUCAUUCAUUACUCUUGUUUUACGUAGACAUUUAGCCUUUAAAAUCAGCUUCUUGAAUUUGGAAAGCAUGAAGAACUCAACUUUGGUCUCUAUCCUUUUAGUCUUGUGCUUUCUUCUCUCAUCAG